AUGUUUGACAGGUCUUGCUAUCUCGGAAGUUCGAGGUCAAGUCGGACCGGGAGUCGGAUAAGGUCGUUGCUUUUCUUCUUCUUCCUCUUCGUACUCCCAUCGUUGGGGAUGGCGGGGAGGCGGAGGAGGGGCACACGAAGGGGGAAAGCGUAA